GAGAAAGGGUCCACUCCGACCACACACACACACACACACACACUGAAGUGGACUUGUAUUCCUCACACUCCGCUCAGUGUGUCUCUGUAAGGACAGGACGAUGAGGAUGAUGAUGAUGAAGGCACUACUGCUGUACGGGCUCGCGCUUUGCGGGGUCCGGGCGCAGUUUCCGCGCGCGUGCAGCACGGUGGAGGCGCUCGAGGCGAAGCGCUGCUGUCCGUCACUGAGCGCGGAUGCGGCGGAUGCGUGCGGCGCGCGCUCGGGACGCGGAACCUGCAGCGCCGUGCGCACGGACACGCGGCCGUGGGGGGGAACGUACACGCUGCGCAACGUGGACGACCGCGAGCGCUGGCCCACCAAGUUCUACACGCAGACCUGCACGUGCUUCGGUAACUUUGCUGGUUUCGAUUGUGGUGAGUGUAAGUUUGGCUGGACGGGGCCGAACUGCAAUCUCCGCAAGGCUCCUGUGAUUAGGAGGAACAUCAUGUCCCUGAGUGUGGACGAGAGGCAGGUCUUCCUGGAGGCGCUGCAGCGUUCCAAACGCACCGUGCACCCUCAGUACGUCAUCGCCACCGAGCACUGGCUCGGCCUGAUCGACCGGGAGACCAACCAGACACGCUUCAGCAACAUCAGUGUGUACGACCUGUUCGUCUGGCAACACUACUACUCUGUGAGGGACACGCUGCUUGGUCCUGGGCGGCCGUUCAAAGCCAUCGAUUUCUCUCACAAAGGCCCCGCCUUCAUCACCUGGCACAGGUACCAUCUACUGAGUCUGGAGAGAGACCUACAGAGACUGAUUGGUGAUGAAAAUUUUGCUAUCCCUUACUGGAAUUUUGCUACGGGUGCAUCCGAGUGUGAGGUGUGCACUGAUGACCUUUUGGGAGGAGAGAACCCCAGUGACCCCUCGCUCAUCAGCCCGGGAUCACCGUUUAGCGACUGGGGAAUCGUGUGUGACAGCUUGGACGAGUAUAACCGCUUGGUUACGCUCUGUAACGGGACGAGCGAGGGUCCUUUACGUCGCAGACGCAGAGGAAGAGGCAAUGGUACUCUGCCCACGAUGGACGACGUGCACAGCUGCCUCCGGUUACGAGACUUUGACAAUCCGCCAUAUUUUACCAACUCCACAUUCAGCUUCAGGAACGCACUGGAGGGUUUCGAUAAAGCUGACGGGGAACUCGACAACGCUAUGACUGGUUUACACAACCUGGUCCAUGACUUCCUCAGUGGCACGAACGCGCUGUCCCACUCCGCCGCCAAUGACCCCAUCUUCGUGGUCUUACACGCCUUUACAGACGCCAUAUUUGAAGAAUGGCUACGCCGCUUCCCAAAAAAUGACAGUUUUCCUGAAGAAAUGGCUCCGAUCGGCCAUAACCGGCAUUUUAACAUGGUCCCCUUUUUCCCUCCAGUCACGAACGAGGAACUCUACAUUCCCUCUGUCGAUCUUGGCUACUCCUACCAGAUCGACCUCACAGAUGCAGCUCAGUCCCAGGUCUCAUUCAUUGUUGCCGGCUGCUGCCUGGCUCUUCUUGUCCUCAUCGUCCUCUUGGUUCUGUACGCACAGCAGAGACGCAGGCGCCAGUACGAGCCGCUAAUCAGCUCCGGCUACACUGCUGUGAAAUACACAGACGACGCCUGAUUUAAAACUAAUUCAGAAACUUGCGCAGUAUUUUUUUCACUGCGGCAGUCUGUCUAGUAUAGUAAAAUAAGAGUAAUAAAGCUAAAAUGAAAUAAAGCUAGCUAAGAAAUGAUCACACUAGUUAGCACACUACUUUAUUCCUCAUGCUAAUCUCACGCUAACAUUAUGCUAAUGGUACACUAUAGCCAGCCUUAAGCUAGUAGCUAGAAGCAGACUUUGACACAGACAAGAAUGCAAAUUAUAUAUAAAUUUGUUUUAAAAAUGCAAUUUGAUAUUUCAUUUAUAAAUGUUUAUUUUAUUUCAGCAUAUGACAAUCAUCUGUGAAUUAACUGUGUAAAGUGUAUGUGUUUAUACAUUAUUUCACUUAAGGUGCAGUCUGUGAUUUUUACAAAUUGUUUCUACACUUGAAUUAAUCCUGUUGUGAUGAAAAACACUGAUGUGCAGCCAGUCAGACGGGGUUCUGUACUAGUGAUGGGUCGAUUAUGAACGAGUCGUUCUUUUCAAAUAGAUCUUUAACGUGACCCAGAAGAACGAUUAGUCUUCAUUUUCUACUGGACGCUCAUGCGCGAAUCAUCGCAAGGCCUCCGUAGGUUAUGUACAGGAAACAGAAAUGAGUAGUUACCGCUCGGGUCUUUUGUUCCAAAUCGAUUGUUCUUUUGUCACGUGACUCCCAUGGACGCUAUGCGGUGCAGUAGAUUCAAAAGACCAAAUGACUCAGACUAGAAGAUAUGAUAGCGUGCUGCUCAUUUUGUUUAUUAUAAUAUAACCUUUAGCUGCAUUGUAAUAUUAACAUUACUGGAACUAUAGCCAAAAUUAGAUUUUGUAGAUGUGCUGGGUGUCUUUUUAUUGAAAAUGUAACAUUUUAUUUUGUUUAUAAAUCAACUAAAUGACUCAAAAAAGACUCUUUUUUUUUU